CACGCCUGCCAUUCAUUCUCCGUCGUUUGACAACUCUCGUUCCGCCGAUUGAUACACACAUAGAGAGCCGGCCUCGUCAAAUCGUGAUAAACUUGUCGCAAAACGCCUUGAUCGCCUCUACCUCCUGCGCAAUCAAUUCACGAUACUUGUACAACUAGAUCGCAACUCACAGCGUCGCCUCUAAAACCCAGAGCUCGUAGCCUCGAGUGUCCUCGCCUAUCCAACAGAAACCAGUGCACCGCAGCCAUACACAAUGCUAUUCGGCCAGAAACCUACACCCCCGGCGCUCAUCGCCACUGAUACUAUCGUGCCGUUUCAUUUCAAAGAUGACACUUUGAUGAAGAACGUCAUCAUGGACUUCUACCAGCUCUUCGACGACGUUCUCGAUCCCGAGAGAAUACACUCUGCUAUUGAGCAAUUGAUCACACAAAAUGGGCAAUGGAGAAAGUGCGGUGCUAGAAUCCGGACAAACAGUGCGGGCAAGACCGAUUUCCACAUUCCCGCCCACUUUGACCGAAACACGCGGCCUGCUGUGGACUUUCACCAUUACGACCAUCCUAUGCCCCUUGAAGACCAUCCGAUCUACCCGUUGAUUCCUCGCGCAUCCGGAGUACCACAGACCUUCAAAUGCCCGACCGAAUUAGAGCAGCUUGUCGCUCCGCAUGGAAUCCCAAGUGGUGUCGAUCAUUGGGUCAAUAGCGACUGUCCUCUGAUCAUCUUCACCGUCGUAACCUUUAGCAAUGCAAGCUUCAUCUCGAUCAAGUGGUCACACGCCACUAUGGAUGGUGUGACAAUUCAGGCAUUCUGGCAGGGUAUUACCGCAGUGCUCGCCAACAAGCCAGAGAAAAUCCCGACAUUCGCAGGCUUCGACGAGGAUCCUCUCCUACCUCUCACUACGAUGACCGCUGGGGAGGAAUAUGCACUUCACGACAAAUGUAGCAGCGGCUGGGUCUUCGCCAAAUUCGCCGUGAACUUCAUCACGGAGAUGGCGUUGCACAAGGCUGAACAGCGCUACAUUUGUGUUCCAGGCGCAUACUUUGAAGAGAUGAAGAGGAUGGCUCUGGCGGAGGCAAAGGCGAAAGCGACGGACCCUAAUGCAAAGAUCUGGCUCAGCGAGAACGACGUGGUACUCAGCUGGUGGUCGAAGACGGUGGUUGCAGCACUUGAGAUACCUGAUGACGUCCCUAUCGCCAUUUCCAACACUAUGGACAUCCGUGAUUUCACCUACGGGAAGAUCCCUCGCAACAGCAUGUACAUGGGCAAUGCUUUGGAUACCGCCGUCACAUUUAUUUCUGCCAAGGAACUACUGGAACAGCCUCUUACGGACAUCAGCCUGCGAACGAGAAACGACAUGGUUCGUCUGCGAAGUCAGAAGCAGAUCGAGGCCAAGAUGGCGCUCGACAAGGCUGCUGGCGGCACACAGUUCCUCGGUCCUGCAAACCAAGUCCAGCUUCUGCUCACAAACUGGCGCAAAUUCGACUUCUAUGGCUUCGAUUUCUCUGGCGCAAUCAAACCUGGUUCCGAUUCACGCAAGGGGCGAACGACCCGUCCGGGUCAACCAGCUACCUGCUUCUUCAACACCUUCUCAAAGAUGAAUCUGCGCAAUGUCGGCCCGGUCAUCGGCAAAGACUCUGCUGGUAACUGGUGGUUACAGUGGAGGCUGCGAACGAGUGCUUGGCCUAAGGUCGAGAAGCGACUGAUGGAAAUGACUCAGUUCGGAUGGCAGCAACCCCAAAUUGCAAGCAAGUUGUAAGGGAAGUUUCUUCGCGCCGCGGUCGAGGGAGGAUUUACUAUAUACCCAAUGCGCCGUGUUUUGUUAUUAUUGAUCUGAUUCGUUGUAACUUGUUGCGAAUAUUUGGGCCUCUCGAUAUAACGAUCUUUAUUACAUUACUUCCAAGGU